AUGCCUCCGCGCUCAAUUUCUUCGAGACGAGCCCAACCCCAGCCUCGACAUUCGGUAGAAGCAUGGGCGCAACGGCGAGACCUGAUCACAAGCUUAUACUCCGACGACAACUUGACCGUUGGUCAAGUGCGCACGAUUCUUGACGAAGAUCAUGGCUUCCGGGCAACAGAAAGGCAAUUUCGGAGGAAAUUCAAGGAGUGGAAUCUAGACAAGAACAUCAAGGACAGUGAGAUGCGCACCAUGCUCUGCGUCGAGUAUAUGAGACGGGAGUCUGAUGGCAAGGAAUCUACCUUUGAGAUAUGGGGCCGGCUCGUUGACCCGCGAAAGCUUCAACGCUUCGCCCAGCGGAAAGCGGAGUCAGCGCCGGACUUGCUUACUGCCAACCAUACCGCAGUCCUCCCCGAUCACAUCACCUGUCAUACACCGAUCGACGAGGAUGAGGCUCCGUUCGACGAUUUGGAGGACCUCCACAAUUGCUCCUCCGACCCUAUGUCAACGGAUAUGCAGAAGUCGGAUCCCCGAGCUGGUGCCACGCAGCAUGCUGCAGUCACGGACCCAGCUUUUUACUCAGAUGAGGAGACAAUCAUGUUCGGUCCAUCAUUCAGCGAAGGUUCGGAAGCAUCAACGGAGCGACAGUUUCGCAGCACCUUCCUAGUCGACCGCGGGGCACUCAGUCGCUUCUGGGAGCCGUUUUGGCAAGAAGGACAGCCGAGCAACGACAUCCGCAGUGCCAACGGUGCCAGAGCCCAUCACCGUGGCGGUGCCACUCCCCAGCCCCAGACUUCGGUCGCAACCACCGGCACAAACUCGAGCACUCUGGCGUCCAACGCGGCCUUGGCUGCGUACAGCGAAGGACCGACAAUGCCGGAUCUGGCGUCAGCUCUUGAAGACGUCAGCAGAGCACAGCAAUCGAUUUUCGGGGAUAUGAACUCCCUGUAUCAGAGCCAGGACCGACUCCGCGAUUUAGAAUUGGACCACAGGGAUCAGCAUGCAAGGCUGGACAACUCUAUAGGAGCAAUACUUGGGUUUUUGACCUCAGAGUACGGCAGAAGACCAAAUUUUGGCAGGAUCCCGCGCUGA